UAGAGAGAACAGUGCUUCUUAUUGUAUUUGUAUCUUUGUUGUUUAAUGCUACUAUCAACAGACAGCAGCAGCUUUUAUGAGGUUCAGAUUCCACCUCAUCUUUGAUCUUCUACAGAGCCCAGGCGACGGCACCGCGCAGGACGAGUGGAUCAGCAGCGUCAUCGCAGCCAACGACAUCUUCGCCUCUUCCUCACCUUCGUCUUCUUCAUCUUCACCACCGCCCGCCGACGACAAGACACAGCAACUAAAAGAGGAGUUCAUUGAAACAGUAGACAAACGUCUGGACGAUAUCCACAUCACGCCAAUCGACUACGAUCCAAACUCGAAAAUGCAGGCCCCGCACGCUCGAAUCCUGGGGUCCGGCGUGAUCCAUCUCUACCGCGAAGGCGAGGACCUCGACUCUGCUGCCACCAACUCUGUCGCCGACCCGUCUUCGUCCUCACCUGCUUCCUCUUCCUCUGCUACUGCGUCAACCUCGGUGACUACGGGCGAGUCAUCCGAGUCAGGCAGUAAAGUGCUUGCGAUCCUUGCCGUGCCGGGAUACAUGACCGCCUCCGAUCUGCUGGGGUUCGUGGGCAAAGAAGCCCGCGAGGCUGUGUCGCACUUUCGCAUGGUGCGCUCGGCGGCGCCAAACAGAUAUCUUGUGCUCAUGAAGUUCAGAGAACAGGCCUCUGCUGAUGCGUUCUACACGGGCUAUAAUCGCAAGCCGUUCAAUGUGAUGGAACCAGAGACCUGCCAUGUCGUCUACAUCCACUCGAUCCGCUUCCAUCGCAGCACGUUCCCCGAAUUCCCCUACCUCCUCGACGAUGACUUUACACCUCUCGCCGAUCUAUCCUCAACCUCGACUUCAUCCUCCUCAGCUCCUGCUCCGGACAAGAAGAAACGCACGGCGUCGAUGGUGAUGACGAAACCUACGCCGCCGCCCACGCGCAGUCUGCGCGAACUCCCGACCUGCCCCGUGUGUCUGGAACGCAUGGACUCGUCGGUGACAGGCCUACUGACAAUCAUCUGCCAGCACACGUUCCACUGCCAAUGCCUGUCGAAGUGGGGCGACAACAGCUGUCCCGUGUGUCGGUACUCGCAGAAAAAGGACAGUCAGCAGUUAAGCGUGAGCACGACAAACAAGUGCCGGAGUUGCGGUGCGUCGGAAAAUCUCUGGAUCUGUCUGAUCUGCGGGAGUAUCGGCUGCGGACGGUACGACGAGGCGCAUGCGUUCCAGCAUUACAUGGAGAGCGGGCAUGUCUAUGCUAUGGAUAUCGAGAGUCAGCGCGUGUGGGACUACGCAGCCGAUCAGUAUGUGCAUAGGUUGGUGCAAAAUCAGGCGGAUGGAAAGCUGGUAGAGCUGCCGUCUGGAUCUUCACAGGAAUACAACAGCAACAACAGCAGCAGUCAAGGCGGCAGGCGAGGAUCGAUGUUGGAUGACGAGUACGUGCCGCGCGAGAAGCUGGAUAGUAUAGGCAUGGAGUACACGUAUCUGCUCACUUCACAACUCGAAUCUCAGCGGACGUAUUUCGAAGAGAAGAUUGCUGCUGCAGCCGACAAAGCGUCUGCAGCGCUGGCCAAAGCCGAAGCGGCCGAGCGCGAAGCCGCCGAGGCGCAUGCACGACUGGUGGAAGCCAGUCAUGAGAACGAGAAUUUGAAAACCGCGGAGCAGGAGUACGAAAAGAUGAAGCGGAAAGCGGAGGCGCUGCAAGCGGUGUCGAAGAAGCUCGAGAAGGAGUGGAAGGAGGAGAAGAGUAUGAACGAGAGUAUGGUGAAGAAGCUUGAGUUUCUGACGCGCGAGCGCGAGGAGAAGGAGAAGGAGAUUGCGGAGCUGAGGGAGCAGCUUAGAGAUGUGAUGCUGUAUCUUGAUGCACAGACAAAGCUGCAGGAGAUGGGGGAGGAGGUGCAGCAGGGUACAGUUAGUGUUGCGGAGGGGAAGAGUCGUAAAAAGAAGGGAAAGAGGUGAUUUGAAGUCAUUUUGAUUAUUUGAGAUUUAUGGGCGUUAUGUAUACGGACGAUAGUUUGGAAAAAGAGAUCAAUUCAUGUCAUU